AUGACCAUAGAUCAUGAGAUCAACGAAGAAGGAUUACUGAUCUACUGUCCCGUCCUCAAGACCGACGAGGGCGACCGAAAAAUGACCGCCCGACUGGUGAUCCCCGAAGCCCUCCAGAUUCAGUGUUACAUCACUAUCACGCUAGCCUGGAGGUCGGUCACCAAGUGGUCGGCCGUAUUUACUAUCGGGUUCGCUGGUAGUGCCAUUGAAGAGGCUUGUUUAGAAGUGUGCAGCGUUAUGUGGGAUUAUGUGUGGAUUGCAAGACGGGAAAAGUGGGCCUACCCUUCAAGGGACAUCCCAGGCAACGUCAAGGCGACCUACUCUUUCCAAGUCAAUGCAAUGGAUCAUAUCCCCUCGUUGCCCAAGUCACAUACGGGAAACACCGAACUACUGAUUUGGGUCGACUUAUUCACUAAGACUGCAAUGGCCAAGGCAAGUGCUUCGCUAGCUGCUCAGAUAGUAGCCGAAGGGUACGAAAAAUGUGUUUUUCGGUGUUUUGGGGACAGCGAGGUGAUCCGGCAUGACCGGGAACCCGUUUUAAUGUCGGACUUCUUUCGAGCGUUCAAUCGCAUGGCGGGUCAGCGUCAGCGGGCAACGAUGGCUUACUGA